GAAUGCGACUGAGUUUUCGCACAAAACUAAGAAAAUGCUCGAGAUCCUAUUAUCCCCUAGCCUUAUGUGCUGGGGGAGAGGACUGCUAUGUAUUAUCUCCGCAUUUAUUGUCGGACUUAGCGGCGUAGUUCCUCUUCUGUUUCUUCCAGUUAAUGGUUUAUGUUCAAAAAAAGAUAUUAUAUCUCUCAACAGAUGGCUUAGCUAUGCAACAGGAAGUCUAUUAGGAGAAGUAUUCAUACAUCUUUUACCAGAGUCUUGGAUCCACAGUGAUAUUGCUUCUUUUCAGAAUUCAGGACUUUGGAUGCUCACUGGACUGCUCUUAUUUUUUAUCAUUGAGAAAUUAUGUGUACAUGAGUCUUCAGACAAAGAGGUUGAAGGUUAUUUGAAUCUCGUUGCCAAUGUGAUUGAUAAUUUUACUCACGGUGUGGCUAUUGCAGGAAGCUAUCUAGUGUCACUUCGACUGGGUAUUCUGACAACCACCUGCAUACUAGUACAUGAAGUUCCUCAUGAGAUGGCUGAUUUUGUUAUUUUAUUACGAAGUGGAUUUACUCGAUGGGAAGCUGCUAAAGCUCAGCUGGCUACAGCUUCUGGGUCAACUUUCGGUGCUAUCCUCACGUUGUGCGCUAAUGCAGCAGUAACAGCCUCAGAAAUCAUAUGAAAUGAACGCUGUUGUUGUACAACCAAAUGGAUUUUGCCUUUCACUGCCGGUGGUUUUCUGUAUAUCGCUUUAGUUUCUCUCUUACCUGAUAUUUUAAAAGAAUUAUCAUUCAAAGAAUCACUAAUUCACUUAGGUCUCAUUUUUAUUGGAUUAAUUUCAAUGGCAAUUGUUUCAUAUGCAAUGGAUUAAUUACCUACUGUGAAUGAAUACCAAUCAUAUUAGUUGGUUCAAAAGAAAGUAUUAAUAAUCAUAAUAAUAGUAAUCAUAUUUGAUGAAUAAGCCAUAUAUCCAGUCCUUACUCACUUUCAAUGUUGAAGUGGGCCUCUUCAAGAGAAACCCGUGAUAAUUACUCACCCCCCCCACACACACACAGCCAUCAAAGACAACCACACACACAUACAAAUUAAAAGAUAGAAAGAGAAGACAAGAGGUUGAUUUUUUAAAUUUAUUUUGAUUCCCAGCGUUUGUUGGUUUGCUUUUUAUUUCUCUUUUAAUAAAAAUCGUCACUAAUUUCUCAGUCAGUUUUAAAAUAAUUCUAUAUUCAAUGUGGUUUUAUUUACUUAUGAGAUUAUUGUCAACGAGAGAGAAGACUGAAAGAAGUUUCACUCCCCCUUUACUCAACCUCCCCCCCCCCGUCACCCAUGGCUAUCACCUCUAUAUUUUAUUUAAUAUUUGCCAUUUAUGCUGCAUUUCUUCUCUAGAGUGUGAGUUUCCCCAUCGUUGGGUUUUUUACUGAAACAAUCUUUGCCCUCUCCGCUGCGGCUGCCGCUUUUACCCUUCCAUUUUGCCAUCAAGUGAUAACGGUUGUGUUACCAUAUGGGCAUUGUUUUUUCUUCAUAGUGUCAUUUUUAUUACACAGCUUAUUCUUGGCUUCUUUGUGUGCGUGCGUGCGUCUGUGCGUGGGUGUGUUUCUUUUUUACAGCUGAUUUCUACUUCCUAUGACAACUAGUCACACAGGCACACACACACACAGUACCAGUCCAUUCUGUUUUGUAUUUGUUCAACCUGAAAAAAGAUUUCAAUGUGUGUAUAGUUGUAAUAAUGGUGACAAUGAUGAUGAUGCUAGACUCUCUUUUAUGUAUUUUUUAAAAGAUGACAAUCAGUGAAUAAGAAAUAACUUUUGCUACAUGAAAUAUUAUUAUUAUUAAUGAUAAUAAUAAAGUCAUUCACAAUUUUAAACCAAUCAUUAUUUUGGCUUACAACAGCUUAAUAUUGUUUGUUCUUUCACAUUAUAAUGAAUAUUUUUCUGCAACAUAGUACAUGGUGUUUCAGUGUUGUUUCUUU